CGAACCGCCCCCAGCUCUUGCUUCUGAUCAUAUCCGCUACGCUCCCUCCCACUUCCUUUCUCCGCCGUUCGUCGUCUGUCAAUCGUUCGCGACAGCCUCCUCCGUUUUUUCUCUAUUCUCUUUGGUACGGUGUCUUUCAACGCCAGCAAAUAGCUGGAGCGUACACUGGCCCCACUCGACACGAAGAAACCACGUCGACCGUGUGCUUACACCAGUACAAAUGUUGGGAAGGAUUUUGGUUGCUCUGGGGGCGUCUGCCAUCGCCAGCGCUUUCAAUUUUGACGCUGGCACGCCCUCCGAGUGUGGUGACUUAACUGUUACAUGGUCAGGCGGCACCGCGCCCUACACUCUAGAGGUCCUCCCAGUUUUUGGCACACAGCGGAUCCAUAACAUCUCCGACUCUGCCUACAGCAAUGGGAAAGGAUCGUACACUUUUCAGCUGCUCGUCGCUGCAAAGACGCAAGUCUUGCUCUCCAUGUCCGAUGCGACAGGUUGGAAUACCGGUGGGACCUCUGAGCUACUGACCGUUGCCUCGAAUUCAAGCAGCGCUUGUAACACGACAGACCCAACACCAACCUUCGUGUAUGAACUGAAUUCUGCAUUGGCACAAUGCAGAACAUACACCUUCAGUGGCUAUUCAUCUGCUGUUCAGCCUAUAACGAUCAACGCUGUUAUACCAGGUGGGACAGGCCUGAGUCUCACUCCUCCCAAAAGUUCCGACGCCUCGUACGAUUGGACUGUCGAUGUUGCCGCCGGAAACGACCUCGUGUUCUUCUUGUCAGAUUCCCAGGGUAACUUAGGAGGCGUUUCGAAUGUUCUGGAGGUUACAGCAUCUUCGGACUCUUCGUGUCUGAAUUCAACAUCUCCUUCUUCCACUAUGACGCCAGUUCCAACCUCGACCGGUUCUUCAAGUUCGAGUUCGUCAGGAGUGUCAGGAGCUGCCGUCGGUGGCGCUAUUGCUGGCGUUGUUGCUGGUAUAGCUGCCCUUCUCGCACUCGUCUGGUUCUUCUAUCGCAAGCGGCAACAAAACCGCCGUAGGCAGCAUCUGAUGGACCUGAACGGAGAUUACUCAAGUAACCACGGAUCGACAGCGUAUCUUGCCAGUGGACGUUACGAUGCUACACCUCUAACACCCACACCGUUCCCCCUCACUGAACCUCCAAUGUCCUACGAGUCUGCAAUCCACAGUCCGCACCCGCCACCCUCACCGGGAGGACUAUCGUCCUCUGCAGGCUACUUGUCCUCCAAUGGCUCCCGUCGAAAGGGCGCUACUUCCGCGUCUUCUUCAUCACAGUAUAAUCCCCGUCUCAUCGUGCACACCGACGCCGCAGACGAAGACGAGCUUAUCGAGCUUCCACCAUCAUAUAGCGAGAACAGGAGACCUCUACCUGGAUUUGGGCUUGCGAACCCGACUUCCGAAACGCCGCAACAACAGGCUUCAAGGUCGGAUUCAAAAGUGCCAAUAAUCCCACCGCCACGACGGGCGGAUGAUCCAUCUGAUCCUUCACCUUCUUCGAGCGGCUCAUAGCGUGGUUCAUUUUCUUAUUUGCCUGCCUUUGCUGGCUGUUUUCUAUCUUUUAUCUGGCUGCUGUGUUGCCUAUAUUCUGUUCACUGCCGGAUAUUGCCCUUGCUUGUGCCCUUGUUUUUGCCAUUUCUUGCUCCAGCCAUUCCAACGUAUUUACACUCAUUUUACAACAAUUGUUCCACGGGCAUCUAUUCAUACAAUUGCUUUCAACCAUGUUGGCACGGCAUCGACGCCACUUGCACGCUCGCCCUUCGGACAAAUGCGAUCCGUUCUACUGUAUUUAUCAACUCUGCCUUCAUUGCACCUCGUCUCCAUAUUCUACUUGUCUUGUCUACAUUCCAUCUACUCUAUCCUCUUCUCUUUCCUCGUCUCUGUCUCUGUCUCUCUAUCGGUCGGGAACACUACUAAGUUACGCUUUCGUCCAGGUGCCAUCCUCAAUCCGUUGAGACUUGGCGUCAUUGUCACUACUUACCUGCCUCUCCGUUCAUCUGCUACCUUGAAAUUUACACCUCUUUACGCAGGCAGACAAUCUACUCUGAUUCCUGAAGACGCUUAAGAAUGGGAAAAGAGGACAUAUCGUUGGGAUGAGAAAGGAGCAGGCGAAAUUCAUGUUCUGUACUAGUUGUUACGAUGUAGUAUACAAAUACUUUGUUCGCUUACUUCAUGCGUAUCGUCGCUCUAUACCCAAUUUCGUUCUCA